ACGGCAUGCACUUUUCUUCCUUGUUGAACUUGCUUUCUCCAUUCCUUCACGACAGCAUGAAAUAACUCAUCACAAUCUGGCAUUCUGAUGUUUGACCAAACCCAAAAACGGUUAAAAAUAAAAGGAUAAAAUAGUCUUUUUCUCCUCUUUCCUCCACAUUCUUCUUGUUUUUUCCUCCUUUUUUCUGGUAUAUGAACAAAGUUCUGAGCUGUGACCAGACCUCGACCAACAACAGUCUUUAUACCUUCUUUGACCUUUCUCUCUCUUUUGUUGUCUUCUUCUUUUUUAACUUCCCUUUUUAUCUUCCUUUGGGUUCAGAAACCAGUAUUUGCCUUCACUAGCUGCCUCGGCUUGCUCUUCAGGUCAGAGGCCAAAAAAGAAACAGGUGUAAAUCAAAGCCUGUUCUGUCAGAGAAAAACUCACACAUGAAUAACCAAGGAAGUCAGAACGUUGCAACAUGCAAGCCCGUCACAACAUUCGUCCACACUGACACCAACACGUUCAGAGAAAUCGUCCAGCGCUUGACAGGUCCAUCAGAGAACAACAAUGCUGGAGCAGUAGUACCAGAAGCAACGGCUAUAAAAACCGCCACACAACAAAAGAAGCCGACGACUUCUAAGCUCCAUGAGAGAAGGCAAUGUAUGAUGAGGCCAAAGCUUGAAAUUGUCAAACCUCCUCUGAGCUUUAAGCCCACUAGCACGACACCGUCAUCCAAAUCUGGUAAUACCAACCUUUUAGCAAGUCCAGUGGGCACACCUUCUUCAUUGCUCUCUAACCUGUCCUUGAUAGAAGGGGAUAAAGCAGACCCAGAUACAGAAGAAGAAGAGAAAGCCAUUAAGGAGAGACGUUUCUACUUGCACCCAUCGCCAAGGUCUAAACCAGGGUAUACAGAACCAGAGCUGCUUACUUUGUUCCCUUUAACAUCUCCCAAUUCCAGUGGCAGACCAUAAAAUUCGACAAGAGUAAAAUCAUAAGCUUGUUCUCUCUACCUACUACCCCCAAAGGCCAUGUACAUGUAACAUUAUCUCAAUCAAGAUUUGUCUCUGUAACGUUCCAUUGUAGGUUUCAUACAGUAAACAGUCCUUAUUGAGUCGAAUAUUUGCAAUCCAUAUUGUAUCAACCCAGCGUGACAGCAUGCAGUCAACAGAGUAGUUAUGAAAACAUGAUCAGGCUUAAUCCCCAAGUCCAUCAUAAGAGAGUAGAUCAUAAGUGCUUCCUUACCCAUACCGUGCACAGCACACACAGCUACCACAGCAGUGAACAUAACCAGAUCUCUAUGACCAUCUGAGUGGAAAACAGAAUACGCGUUCUUCAAGCUGCCACAUUUGGCAUAAACAUCUAGUAGAGUUCCCUUCAGGCGGAUAUCGCUAAGUCCGCCUCUGAUAAUAUAACUGCGAACACACAGGAAGGAGACUCAUGACUGUCACGGUGUCAGGCCUCAUUCCUCUUGCUUGUAUCUCACGGAAAACAUCAAUGGCUUCAUCAGGACAACAACUUUCAGCAUAGAUACGAACCAUUAAACUACUAAGUCCGAAAAAACUGUCCUAAAACUAUCCCAGUAACAGCCGUUUAUCAAGAAAAUCCACGUUACAGAAUUUGGAUCAGACAUUUCCACAAACACUUGAUAGGCAAA